UGCUCUGCCGGCCUCCCUUUUUCGCCCUCCGGGCUCCUCCUCCCCGCGGCAAAACUCUUUGCUCCCCGGAAGGCGCGGCUGUUCUCGGCGCCGCGGUGGACAUGGAGCUUUUGCAGAAGUUUUCGGAGGGCGGCCAGCUCUUCUACUGGGGGACGGCCGCGGUCGCCUUGCUGGCCACCCUGCUGGUGGCCUCCGCCUCCCGUUUGCUGCUCUGCUACUUUCGAGUAUGGCAGGAGAUGAAGCCCAUCCCGGGGGUCAGCCCUUGCUAUCCGUUCCUGGGCAACGUCCUGAUCUUUGAGCGCGACGGGGAAGCUUUCUUCAAGCAAAUCUUGGCUUACUCUACUGAGUGGCGGAAUGUUCCACUAAUGAAGAUAUGGGUAGGACCUUUGCCGCUUCUGGUCUUAUAUCAUGCAGAAACUGUAGAGGUGGUUUUGAGCAGCUCAAAGCACAUUGAGAAAGCCUCUUUCUAUAAGUAUCUCCAUCCUUGGCUGGGAACAGGACUUCUUACAAGUUCUGGAAGCAAAUGGCGGACCAGAAGAAAGAUGUUAACUCCCACCUUCCAUUUCACCAUCUUAACAGACUUCCUAGAAGUGAUGAAUGAACAAGCCAGUAUCCUUGUUGAGAAACUUGAAAAGCAUGUGGACAAAGAGGCAUUUGAUUGCUUUCUAUACAUUACUCUAUGUACCCUUGAUAUAAUCUGUGAAACAGCUAUGGGAAAGAACAUAGGUGCCCAAAGCAAUAGUGACUCGGAAUAUGUUCGGUCUGUCUAUAGGAUGAGUGAGUUGAUUCACCACAGACAGAAAAGUCCCUGGCUUUGGGCUGAUCUUUUGUAUCUCAUGUUCAGUGAAGGAAGAGAGCAUCGCAGAGGGCUGAAGAUCCUUCACAGUUUUACUGAUAAUGUUAUCGCAGAAAAAGCUCGUGAACUAGAAAAUCGGGAGCAACAUCAAAGCACUGAUGAACAAAGUGGGCACAAAGUGCGGAGAGCUUUCCUUGAUAUGCUUCUUAAUGCCACUGAUGAUGAUGGGAAGAAGUUAAGCUACCAAGAUGUUCGAGAGGAAGUGGACACAUUCAUGUUUGAGGGCCAUGAUACGACUGCUGCUGCUGCGAACUGGUCUAUCUUCUUACUCGCUUGCCAUCCAGAAGUGCAAAGAAAAGUUCAUCAAGAACUGGAUGACGUUUUUGGGGACUCUAACCGUCAUGUCACCUCAGAUGAUUUGAAGGAACUACGAUAUCUGGAAUGUGUUAUAAAAGAAACACUUCGCAUUUUCCCUUCUGUUCCAUAUUUUGCCCGUACAUUACAUGAAAGCUGCUAUAUUCGAGGAUUUAAGGUAUCAAAAGGGACAGAAGUCAUUAUUGCACCUAUUGCACUGCACAGAGAUCCUGAUGUCUUCCCAGAGCCUGAGAAAUUCCAACCAGAGCGGUUUUCCUUGGAGAACUCAGCUGGGCGGAAUCCAUAUGCAUACGUGCCUUUCUCUGCUGGGCCCAGAAACUGCAUUGGUCAGCGCUUUGCACAGAUGGAAGAAAAGACUAUUUUAGCCACCAUCUUGCGAAAAUUUUGGGUGGAAACCACACAGAAGUACGAAGAUAUUGGCCCUGUAGCAGAACUGAUUCUUCGUCCAAACAAAGGUAUCUGGAUUCAGUUAAAAAGGAGACAUGCUUGCGUUUCCAAAAAUGAUAAACUUCUGUAAGAUUUACUCUCCCAAUAUAUGAUCUACAUUAUUAUAACAGAUCUUUUCAAGCCUACCAAUUUUUUAAAACCAAAGUGAAAUAAAAACAGCUGAAAGCCUGAAGCUGAACAUACAAGAUGACUUUUGAAUUAUUAAUUUUUAUGAAAUUAAUGAAACUUCUUACAAAUAGCGGAAUAUAUAAUUUGGUUAAUAUUCUGUCUUUCCCCUUAUCAAAUACCACUGGAAAAAUCAAGAGGCAUUCGAUUUUAUUCCUACAUCAUAUUAGCCUGCCAUUUCCAGUGCUGUGGAAUAUAUAUUCCGCUAUUUGUAAGAAGUUUCAUGCACCAUAAACAUGCUAGAGGUUUUGCAUAACUGAGCAUCAGCUAUUAAAAUAUGUUAUCAGCUAAAAUACAUAAUCAGCUAAAAUACAUAAUCAGCUAUUAAAAUAUGUUAUCUCAGGACAUUGAAGAAAUACUGUUAUUACAUGAAGUUGAAUGUAUAACUUUGAAAAAGUAGUAAGUGCCCCCCUGAAUGCUCAGAAUAGAAUGUUGUGCUUGAACAAGCUGAAGGAAUGCUGCGAUAUUUUUGUUGUUGUGAAGGAUGAAGGAUUUACUUAUGCAUUACCUUUCAAUUAAUUCCAUCAAGGCGGCUGUGUUAAUCUGAUGUAAAAUACAACACAAAGCCAUGUUGUGCCUUAAAAAUGUACUCCUACUUGAUAUAUUUCACAAUAAAUGUGUUUAAUG